AAUGCUCUGUGACCUUAAACUCAGUCUGUAAAUGUGGACAACUGAGUUGGACCGCAGUUCGAUGGUCAAGAUGAUGAAGUUUGUGUUUUUGCUUCUCGUGGGAAUCCACAGCGCUGCAGCUGUUACUCACUCGCUGAAAUAUUUCUACACGGCAUCAUCUGGAAUAAAAAACUUCCCAGAGUUUGUGACUGUUGGGAUGGUGGAUGGAGUGCCAUUCUCCUACUAUGACAGUGUCAUUAGAAAGGAGAUUCCCAAGCAGGACUGGAUGGCCAAGAAUGAAGGUCCUGAGUACUGGGAGAGAAACACUCAGAAAUCCAUUGGUUCUGAGCAAACCUUCAAAGCCAACAUUGGUAUUGCUAAGGAGCGCUUCAACCAGACUGGAGGUGUUCAUGUUGUCCAGAAGAUGUACGGCUGUGAGUGGGAUGAUGAGACUCAAAAGGUUACUGGUUAUCGACAGCAUGGCUAUGAUGGAGAAGACUGGCUAAUAUGGAGCACGGAGUCAAACACAUGGAUUGCUCCAAAACAACAGGCUGUACUUACUACAAACAAAUGGAACAAUGACAGAGGUUGGCUGGAAUCUAACAAGAACUACCUCAACCAGAUUUGUCCUGAGUGGGUGAAGAAGUAUGUUGACUAUGGGAGAAGCUCUCUGAUGAGAACAGUGCGUCCCUCAGUGUCUCUCCUCCAGAAGUCGUCCUCCUCUCCAAUCAGCUGCUUCGCUACAGGUUUCUACCCCAACAGAGCUGAAAUGUUCUGGAGGAAAGAUGGAGAGGAGAUUCAUGAUGGUGUGGAGAAAGGAGAGAUCGUCCCCAACAAUGAUGGGACCUUCCAGAUGAGCGUUCACAUCGAUCUGUCAUCUGUUCCAACUGGAGACUGGAACAAGUAUGAAUGUGUGUUUCAGCUCUCUGGAGACAAGGAAGACGUGACCCAUAGACUGGAGAAAACAAGAAUCUUGACCAAUGAAUCAAAUAUCAGCAUUGUGAUCAUCCCUGUUGUUGCUGCUGUGGCUGUUCUUGGUCUCAUUGCUGUGAUUGGAUUCAUUGUUUACAAGAAGAAGAACGCCAAACGUCCACCUUCUCUUUCUGAAGAAAAGAAGACUUCGACCUCAAGCUCAGAGACUUUGGCAUCAAACUCAGAGACUUUGGCAUCAAACUCAGAGACUUCAUCUUUAACCAGUGAAGGUUCAGACGACAGCAAAGGCAGUUCCUCAUCAGACAAACCGUUGCUACGACGCCAACAAAACCCUAACAAAUGAGGACUUUGGACACCAAAAUCUGAGGACACCAAAAAUCUGAGUUUUCCUGGAUUUCUGCAUCCACAUAAAAAAUUCAAAUGUACAUCUUCAGUAAUCUUCAUAUUAUUUGGCCUUUCUAUUCAAACAUUUUCUACAAGAGAUUUUCAAAAGGGCUCAAUUUCUAUUUUAUAUUUUCAUGUAGUAAUUAAACCUUAA